ACUCGGGCACCUGCGAGCCCGAAUUUACCCCAUCCGGCGCCUUUGAAUGCGACAGAGUAACAGAGGAGGCAGGCUGAUAAGAAAAAGCAUCCCCCAUGGGCUCGCCAUUACUCGUUUGCCCGAAGUUGUACACCAUCAACGUCCGACGACCGAGGAUAAUGAUGAUCUCGCCUUCACCUUCGUUAUCGAAAGGCCUUGGCCAGCACCACAACCAGGACCUUGCUCUCCAGGAGUACUACCUCUUGCAAGAGCAGCACGAAACUCUCCGCCAACACCUCGAAGAGCUGCGGCCACUACGUGCUUCUAUGCCGGCCAUCAGCAACACUACACCGAGCAGCCCGGCUGCCUCGCCUCCCCUGGUCCCGUUCAAGCCCUUCACGAACGGCCAAACAUCACCAUACCACCACGCUCGCCGCUCCUCCCUGUCUGUAGAACCAUGCAGGCGGUUUUCCCUUGGCGGACAGCAGCAAGCAGAAUGUGGACUCGUCGCAUUGGGACUUGAGGCCGACUUCGACAUGUCAAUGGCUACCGGGCUCGCGGCGGAGGAAGCGAAGCUUUUUGACGUCAAUGAAGGCAUCAAGCGAACGCUGACGGAGCUGCUGAAUUGCAAGGCCGUGCGAUCGGACCGGUCAUUCAGGACUUGGGUCCAGCGCCGGCUGCUGGACGCCGAGAAGGAACUCCGGAGCGGAAGGCGGAGACGCGGCGCGAACCGAAGCCGCGAGGGCAGCGAGCAAUGGAGUCCCGGCCGGCCUCCUCUCAUUCUGGAGUGCUCAGGGGGACACUGACGAGUCCACAUUGUUGUUGUAAUUCUGGCUUGGCGUUCGGGGCGCUACCUACCUUCUCCGGCUUUUCUUUUUCUCCUGGCCUAGGAGUCACGGUUUUGGCGGCGAGCUGGAGCAUCAGACGGGCAUCACUCAUCGGAUACGGCGAAUGGCUGGGCACUCUGUUGCACCGGGAAACGGCGUUUGGCUUCUUUCCAUGUGGAUGGAUAUCGCAUGUCAAUACGUAUAUAUUACCCUGCACUAUUUUAUAUAAUAUGAUGAUAAUGACCUGAUCUGACCAAGAAUGAAUGGGACCUUGUUUGCGUCACAAUUCGUGAAAUUGUGGUGAUGUCUGGGACCUGGACCCACUGUUUAGAUCGGCCGUUUCUCUGUGGGAAAAAGUCACAUGCUUAGUCACGAGAUCACGGUCCUAACUUUUUAUCUGCCUCCGUUAUUUGCGGGACGGCAU